AUGAUCCCUGACGACUUCAUCAUCCACAACGAGGACCACGCCAACGCCCACCUCAUGAUCUACUGUCCUAACAUCUACAACCAGGCUGCGGUCAACACAUGGAUGGACAAGUCCACCUUUGACAUGCUCGACAUCACCAGUGAGGAGGUCAGGAACAACAUGAAAAGCCAGGCCGCCGCGCGCAUUGACAAGCGCUACCACAAACUCCUCCGCUUCGACAAACCCCUCCCCUACGGCUACAUCAUGAUGAAGCGCAAGAAGAAGUGGCAAAAAGGACGAACUAUCAUUGCCUACGCCAACACGUGCAUCGGCAACCUCCUCAAGGUCACGGCCAUUGCCCUCCAACAAAUGCUCAACGUGACGUGGCCGCACCAUUUCGGACGAGCCAGUUCGCCAGAACUAUGGCAAGAGAUACAUCACCUAUUCCACAACAACGAGCAGUUGUACCCGGAACGCAGCCUCCGCUUCCUCAACCACGACCUGGUCGGCUUCUUUAACUCCAUACCGCAGCAAGAUAUUAUGCGCAGUAUCCAUUUCUUAACAGCCGAGUUCCUCAACAACAACAACAACAACAACAACAACAACAACAACCACGUGCUCCUGGUUGACCCCCAUGGCAAGAUUGGCACCGACAAGUUCUGGAUCCGUCGCUACGUAGACAACAGGGCGAUCAUCGUGGACGAGACUGAGCUCCGAUCCAACGAGCAC